GUCGCAAACACAUAACUGAACGUUCUGUCUAAUUAAUGGAAUGUUUUACUAAAGUUACAUUUUAAUCUGAAGAUGCUAAAACGUAAUGUAAAGCAGGAGGAUGUGAGCCUGGAGUUAGUCUGACUGCUGUCAUAGCUGCUCUUCAGUGCGCAUGCUUCUCCUCUCCUCCCUCCAUACAUCGACGCGGCCCCGCUCUCCAUCUGACAGCUGGCAGCGCGACAUGCUCAGAACCAGACCCGGAGCUCCCCACCAGCGCAGAUUCGGUUCUGGUCCGAGCGGAAACCGAGCCGCUGGAGUGGAGUCCGAGCAGCUGUCGGGUUGAGCUUCUGGAUCCCAGUCGGCAUGACGGGCUCCUGAUCCCGGCAGAACGCCUUCCUUUCCCCUGUUACAUUUUGGAUCCGUUUGGACAUCCGGAGGCCUGAUCAUGUCUGUUAGAGAGAAGGGGGUCCUGACCAAAGACAGCGUCAGCCUGUUGCCCUGCUUCUAUUUUGUGGAGCUGCCCAUCCUGGUCUCAUCUGUGGUCAGUCUCUACUUCCUGGAGUGGACCGAUGUGUUCAAGCCAGUGAAUUCUGGGUAUAACUGCCACGACCGCAGCCUGAGCCUGCCCUACAUUGACCCCAACCAUGAGGUCAUCCCACUGCUGAUGCUGCUUAGCCUGGCCUUCGCUGGACCAGCCAUCACUAUCAUGAUUGGAGAGGCCAUCUUGUUCUGCUGCCUUUCUCGGAGGAAGACUGGCGGUGGAACGGAGGCUAGCAUCAACGCAGCUGGCUGCAAUUUCAACUCUUUCAUUCGCCGAGCCAUCCGCUUUGUUGGUGUUCAUGUGUUUGGCCUCUGUGCGACCGCCCUUAUUACCGACAUUCUGCAGCUAAUGACUGGCUAUCCAACACCCUACUUCCUCACUGUGUGCAAACCCAACUACACCACACUGAAUGUCAGCUGUGAUAAAAACCCCUAUGUGACAGAGGAUAUCUGCUCAGGAGCAGACCCUGCAGCCAUAAACCAGGGGAGAAAAUCCUUCCCAUCCCAGCAUGCCACACUAGCAUCCUUUGCUGCUGUCUACAUAUCAAUGUAUUUCAACAGCACUCUCACAGACUCGUCCAAGCUGCUUAAGCCUCUGCUGGUCUUCUCUUUUAUUAUAAGUGCCAUCAUUUGUGGUUUGACUAGAAUCAUUCAGUACAAGAACCACGCUGCUGACGUUUAUCUGGGAUUCCUAAUUGGAGGUGGUAUCGCCGUGUACCUGGGGGUGUAUGCAGUUGGAAAUUUCCAGUCAAGUGAGGAGCCCAACAGCAGUCCUCCUGUUCUUUUGCACCACCCUUCUUGCACAUUGCCACAUGUAAGUCAGGAGGCUGUUCUCCAUCACCUUCAGAUGAAAGCUAGUAUGUCUAGUGAGGCUGGUAUCCCCACCUCCCACUCUGAAAGCCUGCUUCACCGAGGCCUUCAGCAGCAGAGACCUGAAGACAGCCUAAAGCGCUCCGAUGCUAAUGUGGAAGUGAUGUCGCCCUGCAGCCCCCAGAGCAAAGAUGCCAUGAUGAGUUUUAGCCAUACACUCCCUCGGGUUCACACCCCUCAGGCCAUAGCAGCAUAUGAAGAAGCCGCCAGACGCCAUGCUGCCACUCUCCACCAUGCGUCCAUGGACUCCAGUCGCUCAAAGCAGCUUCUGUCUCAAUGGAAAAGCAAGAACAACAACCAUAAAUGCUCCAUGAUGUCCCCAGACUCCUUUUCCUCCUCUGUCGACUCAUCUUCUGGACACCUUCCACAUCAUGGCAGCAUUGAGCUACGAUCCAGCUCUGAACCAUCAACUGUGGGCAUAAAUGGAGGCCUUGAUGCCAGCACAUACUUGUCCAAGCUACCCACUGGUGCUAGUACCACACUACCCAGUAACUGCAGUGGAAUCACUGGAGGCACCAGGAUAUCAAUGCAAUCUAGACCUGGGUCUUCACAGCUAGUGCACAUACCAGAGGAAGCACAUGAAAAUUACAAUACCUUUUCCCAAAGGACAGGAGCAAGUGACAUAACAGUCAACAGUACAGUUCAAGCUAACUGGCAAAGAGCAGCUGAGAAGACUGGAAACAUGCAGAGCACCCAGCCACGAAUCAUGCAAGUGAUUGCUAUGUCCAAGCAGCAGGGUCUACUUCAAACCCAUUCCAAAAGCUUAGAUGAAAGCAGCAUGGGUUUUAAUGAUAAUGGAAGUUGCCACGGUAAUACGCGAUACAGAGCACUCACCGAUCAAGACCCUAUCAGCACCACAGGGCCCAGCUCACUGGGCAGCACCACUGGUAGCAUUUCAGGAAGCACUGGAGCAAUUGUCAGAGUAGAGGCCCACCCUGAAAAUAACAAACCAGUUAUUCAAGCUCCAUCUACAGAUGGAAGUGGAUCUUGGAGGUGGCGAUCGCUGGAUCAUGGCAACAGUGUCGGUGGAAGUACAGGGACUAGCUGUGUUGGUAGUGGGUCAGGUCUCAGGCAGACUGUUGAGCACAAUGAUCAAAGCGUCGACUCGGAGAGUUCAGACUCAGCUCGUGAAGGGUCCAUUGACCAGAAACGUGGCAAACAUAUUAUUAUCACCACCUCAACUGUUGGAACCCCAUCCAUAGUUACUGUUCACACCCAGAACACUGGCCAGUCAGAGCAGAGGCUCCAUCCUCAGGGCCUUUCCACCAUAAGGGUCACUCCAGGAGAUGGAUGUGGUUCUGGGGCUGGAGGAGGUGGUAACUUAGGGGGAGAGGCAGCUUCCGAAAUCCCCUCAGUUGCUUCCAGUCGUGAGUCAACGCUGCGAAGAAAAAGCAAUAAUAUCAUUAUGAUCCCAGAGAGAGCCAACAGUCCUGAUAAUGCUAGGAAUGUUUUCUACAAGGGAACCUCAAUUACUCCUACUUUCAAGGAAUAAAACACGAUGUGACCGGACUGCCAUUUGAAGAAAGCAAAUACAACAAGCGUAUUUUCAGAAAAUUCUAAUUCUAAAGAAGUUUAUAUGUAGCAUGGUUCUUGUACACGCUUACACUGAAGCGCAACAGUUUGUGUGUUGUUAAAAUAAUCACUGUGUAUUUCUUUGUGGUCACUCCUAUGGGAAUCCUUUUUAUAGAGUCAUAUGUUUUGGACUAAAAAAAACCCAACAAAAAACAAUGUGCCAGUCACGUUAAGACAAAAUUGUUUUUCCAUAGCUGUGAAACCAAUGUUUACUUCCCUACAUUGUAAAUACUGUGUAUACUUGAAAGUGGUGCUACACCAGCCAAAACUAUUUACUUUGUAUAAAAUAUUCUGUAUUCUCCAAAUACACCAAUAAUUAUUUUACAAAGAAUUUCCACUAUGGCAAGAAGGAUUAUGUAAUGCUUCUGUUCUGUACAGGUAACCCAUCUUUAACAGAAUACUGUUGGAACCAUAAGUGAGCUUAGCAUUUAUCAUGUAGCUACAAAGACAAAUUAGACGUAACUUGCACUAAAGUAAGCGUUUACUGUACGCUGCAUCAUACUGUUUUAUACAUCUGUAUACAUAUACUACUCACAAAGUGUUAGGGAUAUUUUGCUUUUGGUCAAAUUUGUGGAAAACUUAAAAAGUUCACACAACAAUGAUAUCAUGGCAUGAAAGUAGGGAAGUUUAGAAAUAUCCUACAGUGAUUUCCCUACCUCACACAGUGUAUUAAAAGAAAAGCCAAGAGUUGUGGGCAUGCAACAAUAAUUAAUGUCAAUGUCUCCAUAAUGUGUCAUGUGACUUGAGCAUUAAUUACAACUUGACAACAAUGUCUCCAAUUGUUCACAAGUCAACUUAUAGUCUGUUGUGGCAUGAUGUCCCUCUAUUGUUGAAGGGUGGCCCUCAAAUCAUUGAGUUUCUGGAAUAUGAAGUUACAAGUCCCUGUACAGCGACUCAGCUGACCCCACAGGUUCUCCAUGAGAACCAGUUCUGUUGAAAAUUUUGGCCACUCCAGUCAUGGUAUCCUGGUGUUCAAGCAGGUGUUCCUCAAGAUUGCAGCCUUGAUGACCUGGAGCAUUGUCAUCCCUUUGUUUUUUAUCAUUAAUCCAUGACUGGAUUAAUGAUGUUAUUUAGGUUGUAUCAUUUCUGCUAAACGUGAAUGAACUUACAUCAGAGAAACGUUCCCUGGCCCAUAUAAGGCCAGGUCACUCAGCCUGUUGGUGUGAUCAGUUAUGGUUGCAGGCCGUCCAGUACACAGACCACACUGAUGUUAAUGAUUCCUAAUGAUCUGAUGUGGCAUCUGGGAGCCUCUCACCUCCCUUAAAUGUACCAGGAGUUGAAUGACAUUCAUCAUCCAGUUGUGCUGGGCAUUGUUCACUUCACAGCAGACGUGGCCAAAGAAAGUCCACUGUUAUACCUUUCUGUGACUCUUCCAGUCUUUCUACUGUAUAUCUACAUUGCAACCUGCUGAAGAUACUGUGACUCUGUAAGCUCAGUGGCCAAUUCCGCCUGAGAACAUGUUGAGGAGAACUGUUUUAAUACAAGAAAAAAACAAUUGAGGUAGGAAAAGUAUUGGUUGAUUCAGGGGUCAAAUGCCUGUUCUGAAUUUUGCCAUUAAAAAACAGUACGUUGUUCAAAAUGUAUUGAAACAUUGAACAGUUGGAUAUGUGUAUUCAAAGAUUUAGCGAAAGUCACAUUAAGUUCAGCUGUAAAGGUGAUAAUGCAUCCCGACACUUCAUCUGAUAGCCUAAUAUCCCUAAUUUUUUGUGAGUACAUUUGUAAAUGAAUGGCAAUCAAUUCUUAGAGCACAUACAUCAGCAAAAAGUGCACUAUUUCACCAGUUUUACAACUUCUAAAUGUGUUGAAAGAUUGACAAAACGUCAGGAUUUUUCUGACUCCAUUUUGUAUGUUUUUUUUUUUUUUUAAGUAUUUGAAGUAUUCCAGUGAAAUCCAUUUUGUGCGCAUGAAUUACCUGAGUCAGUAAGAGUGAAUAAAAAAGAAGACCUACUUCAGUCAGUGUAAAUACAAAAAGCGUUAUGAGAUGAAUAUCUUUUUAAAGGACCAAAAGCUUUGCAAACCAGCAAUAUGUGAAAAAGAAAUUGUGCUUUCUUAAAUCAUACAGUCGCUAUGAUUCACCAUGUUUUAUGUUUGUUUCUCCAGUCCAGCUACUGUUGGACCUAAAUAGCCUUCCAUUAAACCUCAGAAAGAGAUUAGGCAGCCAUCAGCUUGUGGCGGGUUAUGCACCAGGCAACACCACCUCUUAAUAUAACAUGAUGGCUUUGGAGUGGCCUAGAUAAAGUAUGAAAGUAUUGAAAAUCCUCCAGUGGUUGAAUUAGAAUAAUUCUGUAAAGGAAAGUUACAAGCAGCUAUCAUGCUUAGGAGCAUCUAUGGCUUCACAUAAGGCAAACUUGGAUUGCAUAGCUUGUUUUUCUUUAUAGGUAAAAUAAAUCCUUGUUUGAAAACUGCUUUUUUAUUCACUCAGGUUUGAUUUUCUAAUUCCAAAAACUGUAUAAUCAUCUAUAGCAAUUACAUAUGAGAAAAACUCCUUUAAAGGAAAAGGGAGCAGUUGCUCCCUUAAAAGAGUUUAAGGGAGCAACUGCAAUACCUAUUACUGAGGCUGCAGUACUUCAAUAUAUAGUGUUUUAGAAAAAGGGAUUUUUUUGUUCACAAUAUCUAAAUGCUGUAUUCCUCUGUGUACACCAAUGUAGCAAAAGCACAGAUUGUUUUAAACAACCUAAUGUUGCUUGUGUAGCAGAGCUCAACAAAGGUUUCCUAAAAGAUUUAGACAUAAAGUGUCAAUUUCAAUUAAAAUGCAUUCUGUUGGUUUUUGUUUGUGUAUAGCUAUAUGGAGUACUCUCUGUUUUCUUGCUUGACAACCAGGAAUUUAAAUGAACUUUUUGGAGUAAAGUGGAAUAUUACUGUCAAAAAGAAAUAAGACAGGUAACAGAAACCUGAGCAUUGUUGAGAAAAAUCAUUGUUUUCUCCUUUAUGUGUUAGUGAGCUGAACACUGGCAUUGUUCAUCAUUCUUCAGGGUGAAACAGCUCUGAUGCCUUCAGGUUCUCUGGUUCUGAAAAUUCCUUAUAAGAGUUAAAGGACAUGGUAGUUCUCUAACUCUUUACCUUCACACUUUAGUGUUCCGUUUCCAGUAGACUCUACAAUCAUGUCUCAUGCAAAGUUUUUUUGUUGAUUUUUUUUUGCUUUUAGCGAAAUGCAGCCUCACCUUUUAACUGAUCAUUUGUCUUAUUUUAAAUCACAAGAGCAGCUUUGUUAAAAUUUGUUUAUUUAAUUACUAUUAUUAUUAUUUUUACAAACUACAGCAGGUUUGUGCAGACUGACGUAGAGAAAGAUUGCUCCAAGAUAAUUGGACUUCAACAGAAACUCUUGAAUACUCUAUGUAAGAAACAGGGGUUAACCAUAACCCUAAGAAGAAAAAAAAAAUCAAUCAAGCUGACCAAAUCAUUUUAGGGAUAAAGCGGCCCCCUAUAUUUGUGGGGGUUUAGGAAACAUCACUGCUUAAAAUCUGUGAAAACUUGAAACCCCCUCUAAAAAAGCUUAGAACUGCCUAAUUUACUAGAUAGAACGCCAAAUAUACCUUACCAUGCAUAAAAUUUUUUGCACUCCUGGAUUGGCUGCUUUGCAAUUACCAGCCAGUGAUGUGUCAAGUAUCACUGUUGGUAAGAUUUUUUUAAUUAUCCUUUAGAACUAAUAAAGUCGUGUGUCCAGCAGCGUAUAACUUGUACCAUGGGCUGUCAAUCAGACUAGAGCAUGCUCUGGGUUGUUGACCUGCUAAAUCAUCACCUUCUGUCUCAGCCUUACAUCACUGGUAUACGUCUGUUAAUUUCCCUAUGAACAGUUUUUAAUUAUUGUCUGGCACCAUUUUUAAUUUUUGUAUAUUUUCAGUCACUUCCAAUAGAAACCGCCCAGAGUGAUCCACCAUGUUCCACAGUAGCAAAGCUUUUUCAGCAUGCCAGAGAUUACUUUGAUGUUUACCUUUUCUGGUGACCCCAGCAUCUUAUUACACUUAUGCAAGUAUACAUUUACAAAUUGACAAAUUCUUAAUUAUUACCUUAAUUUUACUGUCAAUACCAGCUUUUUAUGGACCCUCUUAUUUGAAGCUAAGUUUUUUGGGGGAAAAUACAUAAAACACCACUUUUAAGUUUUGUAUUAUUGCUUUUCACAUUUACUUUAGUAAUAUUUAGAACAUUUUUGUAGAUGCAUUACUUAUAACUAAAUUCUAUUCAAGUUCCUGGUUGUACAGUACAAAAACAAAGAAUCUCAAAUUUGUUUUAGACUGUGCUAGUUUGAUGUUUUGGUUUUGUUUUGUGUCAAAAGGUAUUUUGUGAAUUUUCUGACAAAAUUCAUGUUUGUUAUUAAAUGUUUAUGUAAUAAAAAACACACACGCGCACACCCCCACACACACUUUUGGUAUUUUAGAAGUUACAAAAAGAAACUGGGACAACUGUUUCUUGUCAUAUUGUGAUAUGGCAAGAUGUACCAAAGUCUGUUUUUUCUCACAUCAGAACAUUUGUGUAGCAAAUUUUGUAACCCCAGAAACAUUAUAAGCAUGUUUUGUAUAAUAUAAAACAGUAGAAUUUAGUUAUACUAUAACCAUAUAUCAUCAUGUCUUUCUUUGUCUCUGUCUGACUGUCAUAAGGCUAGCUUUGUAUCUAGGUACUCCGAUUAUUGCUUUUACAGUUGCCACUGUACAUGAUGACAAUGUGAAAUGUGAAAUACUCAAGAAAAUUGCAGGAAGUAGUCUCAAAAGCCAAGACAAAUUUUCAGUAAGGAAAUAAUUAUUUACUAAGCAGUCCAAAAUAGUUUACAUAUGAAACUUUAUGUCAUGUUAAUUUAUUAUUUAAUUUAAUGGUUUGGCUGCUCAGGUGGUGAAUUGGCUGUUAGAGUUCACCUCAGAAUCAUUUUACUUCUCAUUUUUGAAAAGUGCCAAGAGAAGUCUCUCUGCCUGUCUGCAAUGUGAAACACACAAAGCUGGCAGAAGUUCAGCUUUUAUAAAAAACUAAAUUAGAACAGCAUCUUUCAACUCUUUCUUUUCUCUUAUGUCACUUGGGAUUGUUCGGGUACAUAUAAUAUGUGAUGAAAAGGGAAAAAGGUUACAGAGUAGCAGAUAAUAAGUAAAUGAGGUUCUGUCUUAUGGCCACAAAGGCCACAAACUUAUCCUGUUUGUUGCUGCCAGCACCAGCCUCAAUAGUAAUUGAUGGUGUGGCUUUUGAUAUUUACUGGAGUAGAUUUUAUGAUGUGAAAAAUCUAUAAAUGUGUUAUUCUUAAAAAGUAUAUUUCCUACAAACUUUGAUACUCUUGUCAUCUUGAAAAAAAAUUAUUUGGAUCCAAGCCUUAAUGUUCUAAACACUCCGUACAGCAUGAUGUUCACUGAAAAAGCACACCUUGUUUUACAGUUAGAAGAAAAAAACAACAGAUCUGAUUUUCUGUACUUCCUAAAAGUCAGUGGAAUCCAAAGUGUAGCGUGACACUGGACCAGUCACGCCAUCCACAGUUUGGAUCCUCCAUCCAAACUGUGGAUGGAGGAUCUUUGCAUGUGUAGACUAAUGUGCCGUCUCUGGAUGAACAAUAAAUGUUUUCUGAUUCUGUC